AUGAAAAUGCAAAAGGGCAAAGCAUCAGUACAGCCAACCUAAGCAAAACAUUCCAGGCCAAUGUAAGAUUAAAUUAAGAUUAUUAAUCACUGUCUAAUAAAGACUGAGAUUCAGAGAAUGAACAGAGAGAGACUGGAGAUGAUGGAGAGGACCUACCAGAACAGACAUUGCUUCAGAGGAGAACAACUGUGUCAUUCAGGAAAUGAGCAAGUUGGGAUGAGAAGUUACAGAUCAGUUUCAGUGUGUUUGGUGCUGCUGUGUGUUCUUCUACUGACUGCAGUCAUAGCGCUGAGUGUCCUGAUCUAUACAAACAACCACCAGUGCCACAUCAAGACCAAAAACAUCACAGAAGAGAGAGACCAACUACUAACCAACAAUACCAACAUCACAGAAGAGAGAGAUGAAUUUAUUGAUAUUAAAAGACUGUGGGAGGCUUUAAAUGAAACAGAUGGAUGGAUUUACUAUCAAUCCAGUUUGUACUUCAUUUCAUCUGAGAAGAAGAACUGGACUGAGAGCAGAAGAUACUGUAGAGAGAGAGGAGCAGAUCUGAUCAUCAUUAACAACAAAGAGGAACAAUUCCAGAAAAAUAUUAAGCAGGAUAAAAAAUGCAAAAAGGUAUGCCCACCUAAGAGCACGGCAAGAACAUAUCACACAGUCCAGACAAGAUUAAGAUUAGAUGAAGACCGUCUGAUACAGAUUGAGAUUCAGAUAAUGAACAGAGAAAGAGUGGAGAUGGAGAGGACGUAUGGGAAGAGAUAUUGCUUCUGCACGAAAACAAACAGAAAUCAACAACUACAGCGUUCAGGAAGUGAGCUUGUGAGGAUGAGAAGACACAGAUCAGUUACAGUGUGUUUGGUCCUGCUGUGUGUUCUUCUACUGACUGCAGUCAUAGUGCUGUGUGUCCUCAUCAAUACAAACAAUCAACAGUUUAACAUCAAGACCAAAAACCUCACAAAAGAGAGAGACCAGCUACUAACCAAAUAUACCAACAUCACAGGAGAGAGAGACCAGCUACGAACCAAUUAUACCAAAGUCAAAGAAGAGAGAGAUGAAAUUAAAAGAUGGUGGAAGGCUUUAAAUGAAAAAGAUAGUUGGAUCUACCAUCAUUCCAGUUUGUACUACAUUUCAUCUGAGGAGAAGAGCUGGACUGAGAGCAGAAGAUUCUGUAGAGAGAGAGGAGCAGAUCUGAUCAUCAUUAACAACAAAGAGGAACAAGUGAGUAAAGAUACUGUGGACUGGAGAUAG